AGAAUUGUGUUUACCAAUAAAGAAUAGAGAAUAAAGAUAUACGCGUCCAUUUACCGCAUCGUAAACGGUGCCACCUUUCUUUUCCGUUUAUUGUUUCCUUGUUGUUACCCCCCCUUUUAAAACCACCUCUUUCUUGCACGACCCACUGCAUCAUAAUUCACCAAAACCGAAUCUUCAUUCAAACCCAUUUAUUCAUUUCAUUCAACCCAUAAACCCCACUUUAAUCCUCCUCCUUGUCUCUCAUUCGUUUUCACACACGCUCUUUUUAUGAAAAUACCCCCUCAAAUUCAGGAUUUUGAUCCACAAGUUACUCAAAAUCGAUUUUUUUAAAAACCCAGAAGUUAAUCUAGGGAUUUGAUUCAUAAAUCAUUCAAGAUCUUUAUUAUUAGACAACCCAGAGGUUAAAUCAUUGAAGAAAGCGGUUUCCUUAAUGGGUUCGGCUCUUGCGAAGGAAUCUGGAAAUGGGUCAAUCACACAAGAGAAGAAAACGUGUUUAGGUGAUUUACCAGAAAGUUGUGUGGCUUUGAUUUUGAUGAAUUUAGACCCAAAAGAUAUUUGUAAUUUUGCUAGAUUGAAUAAGGCUUUUCAAGGUGCUUCAUCGGCUGAUUUUGUUUGGGAUUCCAAAUUACCUUCUAAUUAUCAGCAAAUUAUUGAGAAUAUUUUUGAGGAGAAUGAUCGCCCGGUUAAUUCUUGUAAAAAGGAAAUUUACGCCAGUUUAUCCCGGUUUAACUCCAUGGAUGACGGCACAAAGAAGGUGUGGUUGGACAAGGCUACAGGAGGAAUUUGUAUGGCAAUAUCUGCAAAGGGUUUAUCAAUAACUGGAAUUGAUGAUCGAAGAUAUUGGACCCACAUACCUACCGAGGAAUCUAGGUUCUCCACCAUUGCUUAUCUUCAACAAAUCUGGUGGUUUGAGGUCAAUGGUGAGGUAGAGUUUCCAUUCCCGGAAGGAACGUACAGUGUAUUUUUCAGGGUGCAAAUGGGCCGGACUUUCAAGAAGUUUGGCCGUCGACUUUGCAACACCGAGCAGAUCCAUGGGUGGGACGUCAAGCCGACGCACUUCCAGCUCUCGACUUCAGAAGGGCAACGCACCGUCUCCCAAUGUUUUCUUGAAGAGCCUGGGCAGUGGCUCCACUACCAUGCUGGGGACUUUGUGGUGAAGAAUUCUCGGGUGCAGACCCAAUUGAAGUUUUCGAUGAUGCAGAUAGAUUGCACCCACACAAAAGGCGGUAUUUGUGUGGACUCGGUAGUGAUAUACCCUAGCUCAUUCAAGGACAGGCUAAAGCGUUUAUGACAGGCUUUAGUAUAUAGUAUAGUCGUUUGUUUAGUUGUAGGAAGCUCUAUUAGAAUAGGAUGUUGAUAGAGAGGGAUAGCGAGAUGCGAGCUGAGUGCCAUUCGUUUUUUGUUGGUGUUGAAAGCUCGGUUAUGUAUCAGAAUCUCCGGCUGUAGUUCGUUUAUUUUUAUGAUUGAAAAUGAACAAACACAAGUCACUUGAGUCUUUCUGGAUUCUCCUUUAAUAACAGUUAAGGUUUUUCAUUCUGUUCGAGUUCUCUGCAUUUAGAGCUCAUGAAUGGAUGCUCAAAUAAAUUUGUAUCAAUCCACCUUUCUUACGAAAGAUUGUGACAACUACGCUUAUUUAUCUUGAUUUUA